ACAGCCGCUGGCACGAACUGUCACUUCUCGGUCUCGUUCAAAACGUCGUCAUUUUGCGGUCGAUCUUUGCUCGGUCGUUCCGAAAAUCUGCCAAUCGUGAGUGUGCGACCGCGAAAUUCUCCCCUAAAACUCGUUUUCCUACCAAAGUUUUAAGCGUUUUCCGGCGGCAUGGGCGGACACGGUCACGGCCACGGACCCCCGUACAAGGUUCCGGACGCGUCCAUCUACAAGGUGGCCGAUUCGCCCGAACUGGUCGAGGUGGAGCGGGCGCUGGCCCGCCGCGGCCUCAAGGACCCGUGGCUACGGAACGAGGUCUGGCGGUACAACCCGACGCACUUUUCGACGCACCGCUCGCGCCUCAUCAACUUCCUGUUCAAGGGAUUCCCGCUUGGCUUUGCGGCGUUUGUGGCCACGAUCGGGGUGGAGUUUGCGCUGGGAAUCGACUACCACGGGCACGGUGACCACGGCAGUGGCCACGGCGACGACAAGCAUGGCGGCCAUCAUUAGGUAGGGUUGGUUUUUAUUUUCGGUUCGUUUCUUGCAAAUAAUUUCACAGAAUAAAGAAGCAGUCCACGCUUGGAGAGGUGGAGAAUGUUACUGGUAGAGCGAA